CAAAACACACAGGCUGCGGAUCAGAGGGUCUUAUUUACAAUUUGGUUCUAUAUUACUGUUAAUUUCUAAAACUUACACAAUGCCUCGUUCCAAGCGUGCCAGGAUCGUCCAUGAGUCCAAGACCGCCAAAAAAUCGCACAAGGAACAGACCAGACGCCUGUACGCCAAUAUUCGCGAAUGCGUCGAGAAAUAUGACCAUCUCUUCGUCUUCUCCGUCGACAACAUGCGAAACACAUACCUGAAGGAUGUGCGCACAGAGUUCGCUGAUAGUCGCCUUUUCUUUGGCAAGACUAAAGUCAUGGCCGUCGCCCUUGGCCAUAACCCCGAGACGGAAGCUGCUGAAAACCUCCACCUCCUCACUCCCUAUCUUACCGGCGCCGUCGGUCUCCUCUUCACCUCAAGAGACCCCGCCUCUGUCACCGACUACUUUGACGCUUUCCGCCCCCUGGACUUUGCUCGCGCCGGAACAGAAGCUACCCGUUCUUUCUCCAUACCUGCAGGCCUUGUUUACUCACGUGCCGGCGAGAUCCCUACCUCAGAAGACGAACCCGUCAGCCAUACGAUUGAGCCGGAGCUGCGCAAGCUGGGCGUACCCACUCGUCUUGUUAAGGGGAAGGUAAUGCUUGAGUUGACAGAUGGACAAGAGGGGUAUCCUGUUUGCAAGAAAGGGGAGAUUCUGGAUUCGAGGCAGACAACUUUGCUGAAGAUGUUUGGUGUGCAGACGUCGGAGUUCAGAGUCGGACUGAAGGCUCACUGGGCUAGGGCAACCGGGAAAGUUGAAAUCUUGGAGAAGAAUGAGAAUGAGAUGGAGGUGGAAUAA